UAGGGAACGUAAUUUCUCCGGCGGAGACCCAAGGUAAACCAGAGCGGUCGAAUCUGAUCAGCUGAGCGCGGAGUGAGCGGUCAUUCCUCCCAGGGCAGAGACGGAGCACGGGGCGUGGGCUCGGACUGAGCCCGGCGGAGAGAGCUUCGCUACUACAAAUACAACAUUCACGUUUACUCUAUCGCAGGACCCUUUGCUAAAAUGAAUCGUGGAAAGUCGAACAAUGAGACGCUUAUUGAAAUGGACCGAACUGCUUGGUCCGGCGGCGAAGAAAACAGCGGCUUCCAUUCCGGUUCGGAUAAGGAGACUCUUCAACUCGAAAACGCCGAGUCCGUGCUGAGUGUCGUGUCCGAAUGCACAAGUGCUGUGUCCGUUUGCUCGAGUCACUCUUCGGUGAACGUGUGUGAACAGUGUGAGAGAGAAAACACUGAACCACAGCAGCACCUCACCAGCUUUAAAGGGAUCUGGAGAAAGAGAGCUUUAUUCCUGAAGUACCGCUCCAGGGUGGAUAAGCAGCAGCAGAGCAAGGACUCUGUGUACUUCAGAGAUGGCGUGCGGAGGAUAGAUUUUGUUCUGUCUUACAUCGACGACAAGGAGGGAGAAAAGAAACAGGAUCGAAGGAAGGAGUUCGAGGCUAACUUAGAGAGAGCUGGACUCGAGCUGGAGGUGGAAGACAAAUCUGAGUCUGAAGACGGGAGGACGUACUUCCUAAAGAUCCACGUUCCCUGGGAGGUGCUGACAACAUACGCGGACGUUCUGAAAAUCAAAGUGCCUUUUAAAACCAACGAUAUUCCAGAAAAAAAAGGAGUCCCCAUGAGCUGGCUCUGUACGCCCUACCGUCUGCCCGAGCACGUGAUGCAGCCUGAGCCCGACUACUUCACGGCCACCUUCGACAAGAGCAAGACUGACUUCUUCCUCAUCGAGGACAAAGAGACCUUCUUUCCCCCAUCCACGCGGAACAGGAUCGUCUAUUACAUCCUUUCCCGAUGUCCGUACAAUAAAGAAGACAAGGAUAAGAAGGGCAUCAAGAGGCUGCUGAACAACGGGACCUACGCAGCUGCCUUCCCUCUGCAUGACUGUAGGUACUGGACCAGGUCUCCUGAUACGAACUGUGACAGCGAGCGGUAUUCCUUGUAUAAAUACUGGGCUCGUUUCAGCCGCUUUUACAAGGAGCAGCCGCUCAACCUCAUACGGAAGUACUAUGGAGAGAAGAUCGGCAUCUACUUCGCUUGGCUGGGUUUCUACACAGAGAUGCUGUCCUAUGCCGCAGUUGUUGGUCUGCUCUGUUUCAUCUACGGUUUGGCCAGCUUCAAAGAAAACGUCUGGAGUCAAGAGAUAUGUAAUGAAACCAUCGGUGGGGAGAUCGUCAUGUGUCCUCUCUGUGAUAAGAAAUGUGGCUACUGGAAGCUCAACACAACCUGCAGCUCCUCGUGGCAAUCGUAUCUGUUCGACAACACAGCGACGGUGUUCUUCGCGAUAUUCAUGGGCAUAUGGGUCACUCUGUUCCUGGAGUUCUGGAAGCGGCGUCAGGCCCGGCUGGAGUACGAGUGGGAUCUGGUGGACAUGGAGGAAGAACAGCAACAGAUGCAGCUCAGACCCGAAUACGAGACCAAGUGCACGCACCGCCGACGUAACCACGUCACACAAGAACUGGAGUGGGUUCUAGACCAGACCCCAGCUGAUAAAGCAGGCAGGUUUAUCCUGUGCUGGGCCACAGUUGUCUUGUGGAUCUCUCUGAUUAUCGCCAGUAUAAUCGGUGUGAUUGCGUACCGUCUGGCUGUGUUCGCGGCGUUCGCCAGCAUCAUGAAGGAAAGCCCCACCAGUAAGCUAGAUGUGGUUGGAAACCUGAUCACGCCGCAGUUCGCCACAUCUGUAACGGCUUCCUGCAUCAACUUUGUCAUCAUCAUGAUUCUGAACUUCCUGUAUGAGCGUGUCGCCAUAAAAAUCACUGACAUGGAGGUUCCCAAAACCCACGUGGAGUACGAGAACAAACUGACGGUGAAGAUGUUCCUCUUCCAGUUUGUCAACUACUAUUCCUCUUGCUUCUACGUCGCCUUUUUCAAGGGCAAAUUUGUGGGCUACCCUGGGGACUACGCUUACAUGUUCGGCAAGUGGAGAAAUGAAGAGUGCGAGCCGGGCGGCUGUUUGAUCGAGUUGACCACUCAGUUGGUGAUCGUGAUGGUGGGUAAACAGGUGUGGGGGAACAUACAGGAAGCUCUCGUCCCCUGGCUACGUAACUGGUGGGUGAGCAGAAGCGCCCGGAAUCAUCCGGAGAGUCUGUACAGCCGCUGGGAGCAGGAUCAUGACCUGCAGAGCUUCAGUCAGCUCGGCCUCUUCUACGAGUACCUGGAGAUGGUUAUCCAGUUUGGCUUCAUCACCCUGUUCGUGGCCUCUUUCCCGCUGGCUCCUCUGCUGGCUCUGAUGAAUAAUAUCUUGGAAGUGCGAGUGGACGCCUGGAAAUUCACCACUCAGUUCCGUCGGCCCGUGGCGUCCAAAGCGCACAGCAUCGGCGCAUGGGAGGAGAUCCUCAACAUGAUUGCUGUUUUCUCAGUGGUCACCAAUGCUUUCAUUGUCGCCUUCACAUCUGACAUGAUCCCUCGUCUGGUGUAUAAGUAUACAAAUCACGACGGUGCUGAAAACUCGAUGGAAGGAUACAUCAACGACAGCCUUUCAGUCUUCAACAUCUCAGAGUUCAAACUGGAAAACAGUCCAGACAAAGAAGAAAUCCCGAAUUGGUUCUAUGACCAAAACAUCACCACCUGCAGGUACCGUGACUAUCGCUACCCUCCAGGACAUGAGAAACAGUACACUCACACCAUGCAGUUCUGGCACAUUCUUGCCGCAAAGUUAGCCUUUAUCAUCAUUAUGGAGCAUGUGGUGUUCGUGGUGAAGUUCUUCGUGGCGUGGUUGAUCCCCGACGUGCCGUCAGACGUGAAAGCCCGUAUAAAGCGCGAACGCUACCUCAUCCAGGAGUACCUGCAUACCUACGAGCUGGAAAAACUCAAAAUCCAGCUCAGCCAUAACGGCCCGAACAUCGAGAAGUGCACGUGUCCCGCCACGGAGGUCACCCCGGUGAAGCUGGAGGUGUUAUCGGACUGUCUGACCUAGCGCAGUCCUGCCUGACCUCUCCUGACCUUGACGCUAGCACAUGAAUGCUUUCAGUCAGCCUAUGCCUCAAACCAGCCCUCUCCGUUCCAACGCAAAUCCACACGUUCACAGUCUUUUCACACCACAUCCACCAUUUCGGGGUUUUCCUCGACCACGUUGUGUUUCCCAGAACCCUCGUUUUUAGUCACGCGACCUCUGAGAUAUGCCUACGUGAAGGAAGUUCGUAUAAUAGAAUAAGAGAUAUGAAGUAUAAUAAAGCUCAGAUGUAUUUAGAUCUACCUAAAGCCAUGUGAGCUGUAACCCGACACUUGCGCUCUUCGAGAACGGUUAGGUUUUCUCACGCUUUCCAUGUUAUCGUUCUCCGUUGGUGUUGCCAAUAUCUUUAUAAGACACUACAAAUGAUCCGUAUGAAACGCUGUGCGAAAGUCUGGCGGCUGAAAUGUCAGUCAAAACGUCAAGCUUGGAUUUCAGCCGAAAUGUUAACUGGAUGUUUCAGGCUAAUUACCACACAGUGGAAAAAAAAACAAAUGCUCAGCGACGAACUUUACUGUUUAGAAUGCCUUUUAAGCUACCAAAGAUAAGAAGCCUUAACAUCAUAGACAUAUGCACGGAUCAUUUACAUCAUUUAAAACGAGACAUAAAUAUCAAAAACAUAUAUAUUUGCUGUACGUUCUGAGUUCAUGCGUAAAGAAACUCUCUAAAAAGGAUUUUCAGGAAAAAUCGAUUACAAUUCAGCUUUUAUUUGGCAUGUUUUCAUAUCAAAACUGUACAAUAUUUAAGACAAACUGGCACUGUUAUUUAGCAGUAUUAUUUUACACAUUUUAUCUUUUUUAGCUCCUCCAAUAAUGCUAGAUUUAUUUUAUUUGCUGGAAAUUGUAUGUGAAAAAAAAAACGAGACUAUGCCGAACAUUAGUAGACGCGUAUAUCAUUAUGCACACUAACUACGCUCUUGCUGUAGCUGUGCUGUUCGACGUAGGAGCCGAAUCUUCGCCCGCACUAUUUAUAGAGCGGUUAUCACUCUGUUUUUAAAGUUGAAGAUAACCUGCACUUUAAUGCUGUAUGUCGAUGAACGGGAAACAAUAUCUUCUCUAAGCCAAAGUGGGUCAGAAUGGCAAAGCUAAUACAUGUGCCUUUAUCGAAAUGCAAACUUUUUGUGCUUCCUCUCCGAUUGAUUUACUGUGUUUCAAUGAUCAGAAAGAGUUUAUGUUUUGCACAAAGCACUUAACGAGGAGUAAUUUAUCUCAGUGUUAUUGAAGGAAGAUGUGUGAUUUAACAACCCCGACGUGAUUCAGUAAUAAUAUGCCAAUCUGAUCGUUCAUUUUGGCAUCGGGUUACUUCAAAUCAAACUUCAAGACUUAAAGUUAUAAUGAGGACCAUGAACAUCUGGCAGAUUGACAUGUAUAUUUGCUAAUGAUGAUGAAAAACAUACGCAUUUGCUGUUAUUUGUGACUUGAAUAUUUAAGUUGGAAAUCAUGAUAUAUAUAUAUUGUGUAAAUGUUUUGUUUUCUGUUCUCUGGUUCAAAUAUGAAGAAUUUAGUCACUGUUUCUCAUAAUAAGAACUGUUAUUCAUAUAAAAGUAUGCCGUUUGACUAUUUCACUGUUGGGUUAUGUAGCUGACAAUCUGCAAGCUGUGCUUAUGAGGUGAAAAGCCAUCUGACCAUUUUGACAUUUCUGGAUAUUGAAAUUAUCAAUGAUUAUGCCUUAACCUUUUAUUAGCGUUUUUCUUUACAAUUACUGUUUUAAGUUGAUUUUAUCACUGUUUUUAUGCAUGGUUAUUUUGGAUGUGGAUAUGAAUCCAAGUGGGGGUUUCUGUACCAGAAAUGUACUCUGUUUUUCGUACUUUAGUUGUACUGUUGUCACCCAAAUAAACAAUAGAAUGCAACGAA